AUUUGAUGAAACAAACAAUAAGUGAAUAAUAUGUCAAAACAAAGCUAACAUAUAACUAAGUGAGCAAAAAAGGAUUUAAAAAGUAUUUUCCAAAUAAUUUGCAAUAAAUUUUAGACUUUGUACUUCAGAAAUAAAUAACUGGAUUGAAAUUCUAAGAAAUGGGGACAUGGCAAUUGGAAGUUGGGAAGAUGGCGAUUUAUUUGAUGUUCCCAGUAGGUUUGUUCCACUAUUUCAAUCAGCCCCAAUACUUUGAAGAAUGGGUGACGAAGACGAAACGUGAACUGUAUCCUCCAGAAAAUGCUGAUAUGAGAGCGGAAAUUCAAAGAGUUAAAAUAGCAAUAGAAGAAAAGCAUGAAGCAAAAAUUCUGAAGGAGUUGGAAAAACAGAGAUCAUGAAGACUCAGUUUACAUGAGUGUAUAGUGAACACUGAAGUUAUUUUAUCAGAGACAAAACUGUUAAAUAUUUAAUGUGUCGUUGAUUGUAAUAAUUUAGUAAUCUUGUAAUAGUUUGUAAAUAUAAUUUUGCAUUUUGCAUAUACAUUUUCUUUAAUUGUGAGAUACCUGAGUAUCUAUUUUAGUUCUUCAAAAUUAACAAUUAAAUUUUCCUAAUUUCUA